AGUUGCCGAAGUAAGCUGGUCUACACAUUAACACCGGGAAAAAAAUCCUCGGUAUGGCCUUGUCUCCAAAGAAACCUUGCAGGACCCCUGGAUAUCUUAGAGCACUUGCAGCUUGCCUUAACUACCCAUUAGUGAUCUCUCUUGAUGGUGAAUCUUCCCUCUGCAGUAUACGCAUUCCUUAAGGUGUGGGCUAAGACCUGUCACCUGAGAGUAGCGAAGACAUUUGCCGUCUGACUGUUUAUACAGGAGGUUGCACGCGAUAACGACUUCUUUUAAGGCAAAGGGAUCCCUCGCUCAGAUUAAGAGAUCGAGCACCUUCAGCAACCACUUGCGCCGAAGCAAACGUUCUUCUCAGUCUCUUCUUAGACAUCUCAGACAGAGAGAUGGCCCCGGACCUCAAGGAGUUCGUGCACAGCGCUGUCGAGGCGAACUCGCAGGAUCUGCGGGGACUGAGUCGCUUCGUGUGGGAGCAUCCGGAGCUCGCCUUCAAGGAGGUGCAAUGCCACGACUGGCUCUCGGAUUUCCUGGAACGACGCGGCUUCACCGUGACCCGUCGCUACCUUCUGGAUACUGCAUUCAGGGCAGAGUUCGACGCUCCAGGAGGGCCAGAAGGUCCUUGCGUGGCCUUACUGUGCGAGUACGAUGCACUUCCCGAUAUAGGCCACGCUUGUGGGCACAACCUUAUCGCCGAAUCGUCCGUGGGCGCAGCUCUGGCUGUCGUAGAGGCCAUGAAGAACCACAGGGACAUUCGUGGGAAAGUGGUGGUACUGGGCACGCCAGCUGAGGAAAACCGUUGCGGCAAGGAGCUGUUGAUACGAAAGGGAGCCCUGAAUGGAGUAGACGCGGCAAUCAUGGCGCACCCUGCUCCAUUCGACGUCGUGUCUAUUGGCUUCGCCGCGACGCAACAUCUGACAGUCCGCUUCAAAGGCAAAUCAGCUCAUGCCGGUGCGUCGCCGUGGGAAGGCCUGAACGCCCUGGAUGCUGCUGUCACCGCGUACGUCAACGUCAGCGUCCUCCGGCAGCAACUGAAGCCGACCGCUAGGAUCCACGGUGUGAUCACCGAGGGCGGCAAAUACCCGAACGUGAUCCCCGAGAUGACGGAGAUGUCCUUCAGUGUCCGGGCUGUGAACGCCGAGGAACUGAUCGAGCUCCGGCGGAGAGUGGAGGCCUGCUUCCGGGCUGCCGCAGACGCCACGGGCUGUUCCCUGGAGUUGGAAAGGAAGACGGCGUACAUGAACGUCGUCCACAACGCCGCCAUCGCGGAGACCUACCGGAAGCACGGCCACGCCUUUGGCAUGACCUUCAUGGACGACGUGGAGAAGAACCUGACACCCCUGGGAGGUGCCACUGACUGCGGCAAUGUGUCGUACCGGGUGCCGGCAAUACACCCGAUGUUCCGCAUCCACGUCGACACUGGUUCAGCCAACCAUACGCGAGGCUUCGCCGCCGUAGCCAACGCUGCGGACUCGCAGCAGCCCACUUUGCUGGUGGCCAAGGUCCUCGCACUGACGGCGCUCGAUCUGCUCAGGAACGCCGAGCUACUGAGCGAAGCCAGGCGGGAGUUUGCCGCCCUGAAACUACCGCGGGAAAAAGAGCUACAGGCUGUAAUGUAAUUAACUCAAACACUACGCACUUUAAAAGUAGAGCAGUCAAUAUAUUUAGAUAUAUAAGUUACUCUUUGAAGACUCAUCUAGAGUUAAUUUCAUCAUAAUAUGGUUAUUAAUAAAAACAAAAGCUACGGUCCAGGUGUCUUCGCCGAAUUUCAUGCUGAAACCUCUCAACCCGAAUGUCAAUGUGAUGCCGUAAAAAAUUCUCAGACAAAAGCAGUUGGAGAAUGAAUGUUUCGACUCUUGUCCAGCUCUUGUCCAGGGGCCCAAAUGCUAACUCUCCGACUCCCCUGUGGACAGGCGAGUUGGCGUUGCAGUCUUUCACUUUGGUGCCUUUUUAAAGUAUAUUAUCACUAUGUAACCUUGACACUAAUUACAAUAAAAUUUAUUCUGAUUCUGACUUGAAGAUG